AUCUUUGCCAGAUCCAAGGGCAUGCCUCGAAACAUCCUGCGCCACGCGGUCUUGUGCACAGCAACUGCAUGCGCCACUCACGUGCAAGACCCUGUGGAAAUUCUCUUGUUUCCUGUCUUCUUUGGUGAGUCGCCACUGGUUGUCCCUUUGCCAGUUGGGCCGACGCAUAUCGAGACCACAACUAUGGCGGAACACAUAAGCAACUACUGCGUUCAACACCGUCUGUCCCGAGCUACAUGUAACGUUGUAGUUGAUGGAGUUUCGGGCGCAUGGGAUGCCCUGCAUCAGUUCUCGUUCCUUCGCAUCGACGACGAGAGAGCCACUUGGUCAGUCGUUCCGUCGUCACCACUUGAAAUGGCCACGUCAAUUUGCAACUACCUCAGCCACACGGUCGCGCCAAUGCCAGCCGCUCAACGCGACAGCUGCAUGAUGACGUUGAAGCUCGAGUUUUCGCGAACGACGGCGUGGCUCCAGUAUCGUCAACGCAACGACGAGACUGUUAUCCACGACGGCCAAACCCUGGCACAGCCAACGAUGUUGUACCAGCCGCCGCGAACGCUCAUUUCCGAACGCAGCGCUCAGUGUCACAUCAAUCAAGAGCAUGGUAACCACACAAUCAGUUCAGUGUCAAUGGCACACACUGAUCCGUGGCCGUUGUGUCUCGGGCCUGCGUUCAACACCGCGGGGGACUCAGAGCUGACGACCCUCGCAUCGCCAUCACUAAAAUCUGCUCUUCCAACUGGCCCUGUCGAGCUCCAGCCAGAACCAGCCUUCCAUUCUCAUGACGUGGUAAUUGCAACUACUACGGUGACGUCUUUCCAGACUAAAUCGAACAAAAUGCGCCAUGACCAACAAAACGCAACACCACCGUCUCCAAUGCCUACAUUGCGCCGGACAAGACCCAAAGAAGUCGCCAGGAGAGGCCAGGUGAGCCUUAGUGCUCAGCCAACCAUGGCGGCACCUCAAGAGCCGUGGUCCUCGUCCAUUCCAUCGAUUGUCUCGAUAUGGAUCGCGCCGGUUGUAGUGAUCGCAGGCACAGCAUUGGCUUACAUGCGAGUCCAUGAUGCACAUACGGCCCAACUGACCAGCCUUCACAGCGAGAACGCGAAGCUUCAAGCAUCGCUUGACCAGCUCUUCAAGGCGCUUCAGGACUCCAUCGUCUGCACAGAGACAGUGCAUGCCGAUCAUGCUGCGAAAGUACAACAAUUGGAAAGCGAGGUGGCGAAAUUGACUCGAGUUCUGGACGACCUCCGUGCCGCCAAACCAGACCAUAGUACUGACACCCUCGUGCAUUCCACGUCGUGUACAAAUUUGAUACCCGACACAACGGACGCCAUGCAGCGCCUGACUGGAUCGACCAGUGUCUUCAUACGUCGUCUCAGUGGUUCCUUGGUGAGCUAUACUGCUGUGCUUUCAUCUCGAUUGAAGGAACGUCGAAAUAGGCAGUCGAUGGAGCAAGGGAAGGGCGAAAGAAGAGCCCAUUUCGAAUGGCAGCAGCGUCCAUCAUGGCCUUUGGACUUCAUCCCCAGCGGAGGACCUCGACUGAAGACGCAAGUACGACCGACGUAGCUGUGGCAUAGCUAUCUGUCCCGAUCAAACCCAACUCAAUCCACUCAUAGAAAAGACUCAACGUUGGGGACACCACCGAAGCCCCAACAGCACUCACGCAAGUAGCCCACAGCAAUUAUUACGUUAAGAGAAUAUCUGGUUGACGUGUCUGCGUGCUGACUCGGAUCCGCUCGUGUAACCAUGCCAG